AUUUUCUGACACAUAUGAGGUCCGAAGGGGAACCAAGGGUAUAGAACCCCAUAAAAUUGUAUGCUCUUUCAUUCUAGAUACCUUUCGAGAAGAUCUGAAAUGGGGCCGAUCCUCAUUCUUAUUGCACCCCAUCCUUUGGUAUUACAAAUAUAGAAUUUGGAUUUCGAAAGUAUCAGGCACCGGGAAGCAGUUUCUCAUACAAAUACAAAGGAAAAGAUCAUAGAAAAGAUGAAGUUGUUUAUUGUGUAGAAUGCAAAGACUGUGCUAACAUUUACGUCGGACAAACAGGCAACGAAGUAGGGAUUAAAACAGUACAAAUAAUCAAACAGAGAGUAAAGAUGGUAAUUUCUUGCCGCAUAAACGGUACUACUUCUUUUGAGUUAAAACACGCUCUCUUUUCUUGCUAUGUUCUACCAAUGUUUACUUGGUUGUUUGCUAUUUUCCCUCUCUUUACACAUAAACAACAACCAGAUCUAUCACAUGUUUACUUUACAUGUCUAAAACAUAUUUAUUGUAACUUCAGUGGUCCGACUCCUUUUUUUCUUUUGUACUGGACGAAAUUUCUCUCGGGCAUAGGUGUUUCAGUUAUUGGGAACGUUUUUGGCGAGCACUGUCCGAAUCUACGGACGGACAGUUAUUGUUCGAGCAAACUAUCUUAAACGAAAACAGGACUGUAUGGCUGGAUAAAGAAUAUUCUAUUAUCCUGCACAAAUCUAAACGUUUUGUCAAGAGCAGAUCAAUUUUCGAAAAAUUCACCUCUUGGUGUGCCGGUAAGGCCUGCUUUAACCCGAUUCCUGGUUUUGAAUUAGAAGAAAUUUUGGCAGUAGCUGAAUUUUCCUCUACCUUUUUAAACUCUAUGGAAAAUUCUCAUUUAGUUUCUUUCUAUUUAAUUUCCAAUUUGCAAAAACUAGAAAAAUCGAAUAAAGAAAAUAAUGAUAAAACAAUUUGUAUUGUUAAAGAUCUUUUUUUCCUUUUUCUUUUUUCGUAUUCAGUUUUGUUCUACGGUCUCCUAAAUGUGUAUUCUACUUUUGUGAUAAUCUAACUUUUGUCCUAUCUGUUUAUGAAAUGUAUGUUCAUUGUUCUACUUAGUUAUUUAAUUUAAUGAAGCUAGAGCUGAAAAAUGCUGAAGGUCCGGUGGAAAAACUGACUCGUUAUGCGUGACUUUCAGGAUUUUUCCGCUUAACUACAAAAAAGCCUUUCAUGAUUUUUUUUCCCUCGUUUUUUAGAGAUAAGAAGUAUGAGGAAAAAAUUCACUCAUGUGAAUGCAUAUGCCAUUCGUAAGUCGACAGAAAAUUUGAGCUAUCCAACUAUGUAUAUAUCUCAAAAUCGAUGUUUCAUAUCAACGAAAAAAAAUAAAGUUGGUAUUGAGUAGCUGACAAGUACUUUUUUGUAUUCAGUACACUUAAUAACCCCAGAAAAAAAAGCACUUUUUAGCACGUUUUUUAAUAGGGGGAUCCUUAAACAUAAUGGGUAACUGACAUACAUUAACACGAUUUAAGAUGCACACUUACGUUAGUGAUGCUCUUAAUCUCUGAAAUGUUGCUUCUGUCGCUUGUUUAUUUAUUAUUUGUUAUUGUUGUCAGUUUAUACUAAAGAUAAUACCUUGUCUAUUCCUGUGAAACGCAAUAGGCAUUGUAGGUAGAAAUAUGAGAGAGAGAUGUGACAAAAAAAUGCAAUAGGCUUCAUAAGACGUAAUAAUGUGAUCAUAGCACAUAUUCGUGUUAGUACUAUGAAAAGUACUAAAUUAUAGUAUUGUUAGUGUGCAUCUAGCAGAGAUAACGUUGAGUGGUGUGUACGUGUUGAUGAUAUUUUAGAGUUUUAUGCUAUGCGCAGUAGCGGGCAUCAAGAUUUCAACUUAUUUUCAUUUUUUGUCAAGUUAGAAAAAAUUGGCCUUACCGCACACGUAAGCUUUGUUUUCUUUCUAUCUCCUUACUUCCAAUCUGAUGCAUCUAAUUAAAGCUAAGUUCACAUGUUCGAAUCAGUACAAAAAUUGAUUUUGUGUUUUUCGAUAGUUUUAAUUUAGAAUACUAUAUAAAUUCAACAAUUUAUCGAAUAUUCUAUUGAGAUUUGAUAUAAAAUCGACUAUUCCCGUAAAACGUAAUUACUGCGAUGAUAAUGUUUUUCACAAACUAUGUACAACUGAUGUUUUUAAUAGUAGUAAGUCAUUAGAAAUUAUUCUAAGUCAAAAACAUGCAAAUGUAUUUCAUUUAUCAGCAUCCGAACCAGACAAUUAUGAAGGUGGUUCAAUAUAUGCUGCUGAUGAAACUGUUUUUCCAAUAUUAAAAAAUCAAUUUGGAUCAGUAGCAAUGAUUACAUUAAAAGUCAAUGGUAUAAGACAGCCACACUGGCAUCCAUUAGCAUGGGAACUUAAUUAUGUUAUUAGUGGCAAAGUUAGAUGGAGUAUAGUAGGUGUUGAUGGUCAACAUGAUACAUUUAUAUUAGAAGAAAGAGAAAGAGGCAUUGAAAGAAAGAACCUGUGUAUUGUGCAUCUAAAACAACAUGACGAUGUUCUCAAUGAUCAACUCCAUCCGCUCGUAAAUGAGAUUAAUAGUCUUGCUGAAAAGUUUUCGCAGAUAGACGGACCAUCUAUCCUGAAAAGAGAGGGUGCCAAAUUGCAAGCGUGGAGACAAGAAGCAAUUCGCAUAGUCAACGGAUAUUAUGAGCAAACAUAUCAGGGACUGGAAGAAUUUAUCAGUGAAACAUUAGCUGAAGGAGGAGAAGAAAUCAAACGUUUACGACUUAACGUAAGAGAUCUGACUGAAAAUCAAGGUGCCAGGAACGAUGACAUCGACUGGAUAUCAGAAGAUAUCGACAGAAUUCGAAAACAGGCUAUCGUAGAAGAAACAGCUCAGUCGUUGGUCCAUAUUCGUCCAUUAGUAAUUGGCAGGGACCUCAUUCAAAUUGGCUGCCUACCUCCGGAAGCAACGCCGUUCGAUAUAUCACGCUUGGCUGCACCUUAUUUAUCAGAAUAUUUCGAUGAACGUUACUCUUAUUGCGGAAUGGCUGUCACUGGAAACGGACAGCAGCUGCUAUUAUAUGAAAAGAAUAUAUUGUAUAUUUUCGAUCAUCUACUUCGUGCUGAACAACGGGUAAAAUGGGACUACGGUUACGUGAGCCAGAUAUGUUAUGCAAACUCUGUAAAAAAAUUCAUUUUACUCUGUUCAGAAAAUGAAGAGUCGGGUGUAUUUACACUCGAAACAGGUACUAUGAAAAUCGAGAAGAUACUCGAUGGACGAUAUAGAAGUGGCGCUUGUUCAGAAACACAUCUGUAUUUGUCGCAAGGACAAAGAGUUUCUACUGCUUUGGAUCAAUACAAAUUAGCCGACCUUGAACUAUGUCGGUUUCAUAUUUGCAAAAAAGAUGAGUCGAUCAGCCGCAUGGCUUAUAAUUUAGAUAUGCUGGCUCUUAUUAUUUUUAACUGCGGAUGUAACGAAAAUAAUUACGAAGUUCAAUCACGCAUCGAAGUUCGUUCAACAGCUAAAAGGUUAGAAAAACUUUGGUCGAUUCCAAUGAAAUUUAGUGGCGGCACAUUAGCUUACGACUCUAUCGCUUCUUUGAAGAUUAUGGGAUGGCUAGUAACUGACACAGGUGAUACAUGUCGACGAUUGAUUCACAUUUCAACAGAUGGCACGAUUCAAUCAACACUUGAUUAUGAGUACGCUCAUGGCUAUCCCAUAGAUACGGCGCUACUGGGAACAGAUUCCCUAGCAGUGAAAACUCUGCAUUAUUGCUGGUCAGAUGAUGAAUAUCAAUCUGUAACAGUUGCAUUAUAUCUUCAAGCGAACUAUGAUUCUCAGGAAUUGCACUGCCAUUGGUUAGAUUGUUUAGAUCUUACAAAUGCUUGGAAUGCUAUAAUGAUAAUUUGA